CGUCCUCUACCAGCUCAGUGGGAACUACCUGGUAAAGAUGGAACCACAGAAUCAGGAACCUGACCUCAAGCCGAUUUACCACCAGUUGCUGAGUCCGCUGUCGAUCUUCCCCAGGAAGGCGACGCCUCCCGAGCCUCCGAAACGCAGCGCUCAAGAAGUCUCGGCUUUGCAAUCCAUCCCGCUUGCAAAGCUGAAAGUGGGGCCGCUGUGCCGCCAGGUGUCCAAGAGGCUAGCAAACAGCGGGAGGGCGGCGCGCGUAACUACCGAGGACCGACUUUGUCUCACCGAGGUUAUCCUAGAGGAGCUGAAGUGCAACUGGCGAGAACCUCCAAUAGAACCCAUUCUGAACUAUGAAAACAACCAGAAGCUGCGGAAGCGGCUGGAGUCCUAUGUGCUGAUCUGCAGUGAGCAGCUCUUCAUACGCUACCUGCACCUGCUGGUGACUCUGCCGACCUCUAGAAGGGUCUUCACUGAGUCAGCCACCCUCAGCCGGUUGGCGGUCAACCUUGCCAGGGAUUGCACAAUCUUCCUCACCAGUCCCGAUGUCUAUCGCUGCCUGCUGGCUGAUUUUCAGACCCUGCUGAAUUUAAAGCGCACCCAGGGAGACAUAUUCAAGUUGCGUCCCCCUGCCACUCCCCCUGGAACUUUCAAGCUCUGUCCAAUCCCUUGGCCUCACAGCACUGGCUUAGACCAAGUGCCAUGCACUAGCCUCAACCUGAACUACCUUGUUCAACUCAGCCGCCCAUAUGAUUUCCCCAGUGAGCCCGAACCUGAUCCAAUGCAAGAGUUGAGAUCCAUCCCCCAGCUGAAGAGUAGACAGCAGCUCCUCUGGGUGCCCUUCAUGAUAAAAGAAAAAGAAAUUGAAGGGAGAUCCUCACAGAUGGUACCACUGCCUAGCCAUUCUCCUCCCAGCAGUGAGAUUCCCCCCUUCCCCUCACCACUCCAGCCCUGGCUCCAAAGGGGCCAGUCCAUGCCCUGUCUUUGUGAGGGGUGGAGUCUGGCAGAUGAGUUGGGCCUUCUUCCUCUCCCCCCUCAUCCCCUCACCCCACUGAUCUUGGCUUCAGAGAGUAAACCACUGCCAUUCCGGGACAUAGUGGCUGAGGAUCUAAAGCAAAAGAUGAAGAUCAUGACAAUGGAGUGGAGUCGAUACUCACUGCUGGACUCCGGCCUGCCCCCUCUGGUCAGAGUCCUCACCCGGCGCCUAUCUGCCCAGCAGCACAUAGAGGAACUGCAGCAAAUGCUGAAGAGCCUGCAGGAGGAAGAAGCCUCUGGAAAGUGGGAUCUCCUACCCCCAAGAGUCACUCCACUCCAGCCACAGCCAGUCACUGUUACUUUGAAGGUACAGGAUCAAGUCGUAGUCCAGGUAGCUACUGUGCAACUCUCUGAAAGAUACUUUUCUGACUCUUUCCACCUCGAGGGCGGACUCCUCUACAACCAUCUGACUGGUGAACUGGAUGGUAAGGCCAUCAAAGAAAUGGACGCUGAUCGUCUUAUUGGGGACACCACCAAAGAGAUAUACAAUGAAUUGAUAAGCCGAGUCUCUGCUGGUCACUUCUCUUUUGAAGACGCAUCCCAAAUUGAGCCAUCAGCAGAUAAAGAUUGGUCCUCCUACUUGGCCUCAUCUCUUCUACACCAAGAUAAACAUACGUCAUUCAUCAACCAAGAUCUGGUUGGGUUUUACGCCAGAAGAGCAAGCGCUCAGCAGCUGUUCUCUGAAAAGACGCCUUCUCUCACACUGCUCCAAAGGCAAAAAAGCUGGGACAAGCGACUGAACAAGGGUGCAUGGAUAAACUGGAUGAAACCCUCUGUGUCUGCAGAUGACUACUUCAAGUACCUCUCCAGUCAGGAGUCAGAUUUCCUCCAUGUCAUCUUCCAAAUGUAUGAAGAGGAGGCUCCUGUGGAGAUACCAGCCCCCAUCAAAGAGUCCCUAGAUAUUCAGCAACCCCCUCCCCUGAUGCAAUAUGAAGAAGACCUAGAGUUUGUGCCAGGAAUGUGGGACUGGAACUCAGUGAUAGAGGACAGCUCAAGACUUGGGAAAGCCCACUUCCUAAGCCUGCAGCAGCGUCUAGAACAACUGUGGGUCAUGCUGGAAGUGCCUGAACAGAGUCGGUUAGACAUGGUCAUUAAGUACAGCUCUAAUGCACGCCUGCAGCAACUACCAGCAUUGAUCAGGGCUUGGGAGCGGGUCCUGAAGCCCAUUCAGAAGCGGGAGUUGUUGCUAGGGAGACUGGAGUGGUUUGAGCGACAAGCCUCCGACCCCAAUCGCUUCUACCAGCCCGAUUUGUUGCUGGAUCGAUUCCUGGAGGAGAAUCGGUUCCGUAGCUAUAUCCAAAAGAAGCUCAGUCAAGUGGAAUCUAGUUUGAUUCCCUUGCUGGAAAAGAUAGAGUCAGUCUUUGGUGAGCCAGUGACCUUCAAGGGACGGAGCUAUCUGGAAAAGAUGAAGCAGGACAAAGUGGAGAUGCUCUACUGGCUCCAGCAGCAGCGGCGGAUUCGAAAUCUGAUCCGGACCCAGAAAACCAUCCACCAAUCAUCCAUGUCCACAAGGAACAGCAGCCAGGCUUUGAUGGCCCCUGAGAACACUCCCAUUACUCAUUAA